UGCACCGACAAAGUUUGACAUAAAACAUAUGAUUGAAUUUUGUGUUUACCAUUUCAUAAGUUAAUAAAGUUUCUUAAACUUAAGAUGUCCAAGAGCAUUAAGUACUACUACGAUUUUCUAUCCCAGCCAUCCCGUGCGCUGUGGAUUGGAAUGAAAUUGAGCAAGACUCCUUUCGAGGAUUGUCCCGUGGCCCUAAGAAAACAGGAGCAACUUACCGACGAGUACAAGACAAUAAAUCGCUUCCAGAAAGUGCCAGCCAUUGUGGAUGGCAAUUUCCAGCUUGGCGAGAGUGUUUCCAUUGUGCGUUAUCUGUCAGACAAAGGUCUCUUCAGCGAACAGCUGUACCCAAAAUCCGUAGAAGGCCGCGCCCGUGUGGAUGAGUUUCUGGAGUGGCAGCACCUCAAUGUCCGCCUGGUAUGCUCCUUGCUCUUCCGAAGUGCCUGGCUCUUACCUGCCAAGGGAUUGGCUCCACCACCAAAGCCUGAGGUGGUUCAAAAGCUAAUCAAGGACGUGGAAGCCAAUUUGGGUCUAGUGGAGCGAAUCUGGCUGGAGAAAGACUUCCUAAUUGGCGAUAAACUGACUGUGGCUGAUAUCUUUGGAGCUUCCGAAAUCAACCAAAUGAAACUCUGCCAAUAUAAUGUGAGCGAGAAGAAAUUCCCUAAGGUGGCCAAAUGGCUUGAACGUGUCCGGGACGCCACCAAUCCUUACCAUGAUGAAGCCCAUGCAUUCGUCUAUAAAGCCUCCAAGCAGAAAGCCAGUGCCAAAAUUUAGUUUCUUUAUUUUAAAAUUGUAAAAAAAUGUCUGAUUAUGUUUGCAUUUAUUACGCUUGUAAGACAUCACUGCAACAUGUUUGUGCCUUGUUCUGAUUAUUUUGUGUUUCAAAUAUACGUUGGCAUAUCAAUUGUAA